GCCUGUUCCGGUCGGGCCGCUUGCUUCCUGUUUACAUGGCAGCCCGGAAGCCGUGAGUGAAGGGGAGAGGAGCUGGGUCUUGAGGCGCGCCGAGGAUGCUGUUCUCCGUUAACAUCAAGCUCUCCGCCAGGACCUUGACGGGAACAUUCAGCAGCCAGAACAGAGGGGCAGCGGACUGGGGUUGGCAAGGAUUAAUUGCCCAUGGCUGUCAUUCACUUGUUUUGAUAAUUGAUCCAAGGACUUCGCAAACCAUUCAGGUGUUGGAACGGCAUAAAGCAAAUGUUGUGAAGGUGAAAUGGGCCAGGGAAAAUUAUCACCAUAACAUUGGUUCUCCCUAUUCUCUGCGCUUGGCAUCUGCCGAUACCACAGGCAAGAUCAUUGUUUGGGAUGUUGCUACAGGGGCAGCUCGAUGCGAGAUUCAAGAGUACACCAAACCCAUUCAAGACAUGGAAUGGCUAUGGAACCAGGAUGCCUCUCGGGACCUACUAUUAGCAGUUCAUCCACCAAACUAUAUUGUUCUUUGGAAUGCAGACACUGGUACAAAACUAUGGAAGAAAAGUUAUGCAGAAAAUAUACUAUCUUUUUCAUUUGAUCCCUUUGAGAUAUCCAAUCUAGCAUUGCUGACCAGUGAGGGCAUAGUGUUUAUCUCAGAUUUUUCACCAUCCAAACCUCCCAGCAGCUCGGGAAAGAAGGUUUAUAUAUCGAGUCCCCAUUCAAGUCCUGCCCACACAAAACCAGCAGCUACUGGUGCCAAGAAAGCUUUAAACAAAGUGAAAAUCCUCAUCACUAACGAAAAACCAAACGCCGAGUCUGUAACUUUGAACGACUGUCUGCAGUUAUCUUAUAUGCCAUCAAAGAGGAACCAUAUGCUGCUGUUGUACCCCAGAGAAAUCCUGAUUCUUGACCUGGAGGUAAACCAAACUGUGGGCAUUGUGGCAAUUGAAAGAACAGGAGCACCUUUUCUACAGGUCAUUCCUUGUCGUCAACGAGAUGCUUUGUUCUGUUUACACGAAAAUGGUUGUAUAACAUUAAGAAUACGUCGAUCGAAUUCCAGUUCACUGGCGCUCCCCGCUGAAGAGCCGGAUCCAGAUCAACCUGCUCAAGAACUUGCUUAUAAUCUGCAUUGUCAAUGUGAUGCUAUCAGAGUUACUAAGACAGUUCGUCCGUUCAAUAUGGUGUGCUGUGCUGUCAAUGAAAAUUCUGCUGCAUUGAUUGUUAGUGAUGGCAGAGUGAUGUUGUGGGAAUUGAAAUCCAGCCUAUUGGGACCAAAACCUCAUUACAGUUACUCAAGUUCCACAGCCUCUCCGUUGUACUGUCCAGCUUCAUUUUGUGGAAUUCCUUUGAGCACCCAACAAAAAAAGCUUGCAGACCUCUCCUUGGAUAACAUGAUAGGACAAAGUCUAACAGUAGAUGAAGUGUUGCCUAAGGUUCUGCACCAGCAGGGGGUUCAGCUGAAGUUCCUGUUGACUGGCUUGUUGUCGGGUCUUCCACUGCCACCGUUUGUUAUCCGAAUGUGUCCACCCCUUACUACCAAGAACAUAAAGAACUAUCAGCCAUUGUUGGCUGUUGGUACCAGCAACGGAUCUGUGUUGGUUUAUCAUCUCACAAGUGGAUUGUUAUACAAGGAAUUAAGUAUACAUUCCUGCGAAGUCAAGGGCAUUGAGUGGGCAAGCCUGGCCAGUUUUCUUUCUUUUGCUACCUCAACGCCGAAUAAUCUGGGAUUAGUGCGGAAUGAACUGCAGCUGGUUGAUCUAGCAACAGGGAGAAGUAUUGCAUUUAGAGGUGAACGAGGGAAUGAUGAACCACCAAUAGAAAUGAUUAAAAUAUCCCAUUUAAAGCAGUUCCUGGUAGUGGUGUUCAGAGAUAAACCUUUGGAGCUGUGGGAUAUUAGAACUUGUACUCUUCUUCGAGAAAUGGCAAAGAACUUUCCUGCAGUAACAGCAUUGGAGUGGUCCCCUUCCCAUAACUUGAAGAGUUUGCGCAGAAAGCAGCUUGCAGUUCGAGAAGCCAUGGCCAGACAAACUGUAGUUUCUGAUACUGAAACCAACAAUGUUGAGUCACCUAUGAUCAGUUUGCUACAGGAGGCAGAAAGUAAAGCUGAAUUUAGCCAGAACAUCUCUGCACGUGAGCACUUCAUAUUCACUGACAAUGAUGGACAAGCCUUCCAUCUCACUGUGGAAGGAAAUGUAAUGAAGGAUGGAGUCCGAAUUCCACCAGAUGGAGACAUGGGCAGCAUCACGUGCAUUGCGUGGAAGGGGGAUGUCCUGGUGCUAGGCGAUGUCGAUGGAAACGUGAACUUUUGGGACUUAAAAGCUAGGCUUUCAAGAGGAAUUCCUACACAUCGUGGUUGGGUAAAGAAGAUUAGAUUUGGUCCUGGAAAGGGAAACAUGAAACUUCUAAUGAUGUUUAACGAUGGAGUUGAAGUAUGGGAUACCAAGGAGAUUCAGAUGGUAAGCAGCUUGAGGACAGGUCGGAAUGUCAGCUACAAGGUCCUUGACAUAGACUGGUGCAGUUCUGAUAAAGUUGUUCUGGCUUCAGAUGAUGGCUGUAUCCGAGUUCUGGAGAUAGCAAUGAAAUCAGCAAGUUACAGGAUUGAUGAGCAGGAAUUAACAGAUCCAGUUUGGUGUCCUUACCUCCUCCUUCCCAGAUCUUGUCUUGUAUUGAAAGCUUACUUGUUGCAUCAACCAUGGAAUGGACAGUAUUCACUCGAUAUUAUGCAAAUCCAAUAUUCUGAAAAAGAAGAAAUAAAAUGUCUUAUGCAGGAACAAUUGAACUCUAUAUCAAAUGACAUCCAGAACCACCUUCUAGAUCCCGAGUUCCAACUGCUGCAACGGUGUUUGUUGGUGGCAAGGCUCUUUGGUGAUGAGGCAGAACUCCUAUUCUGGACAGUUGCUGCUCAUUAUUUGUACAGGUUCUCAAAAAGAAAAGACCUUGUUGUACCGUCUGGCAUACAAGAGAACGCGGCCAGCCCACUGGAUAUUUGCUACGAUAUUCUGUGUGAGAGUUCCUACUUCCAGAAAUCUCAAAUUGAGCGAGUUAACCUGCAAGAGGCAAAGAGAACAACGUAUGAUCACACAAGGAAAUGUGCAGACCAGUUGCUUUUAUUAGGUCAGACGGACAGGGCAGUGCAGCUGCUGCUCGAAACAAGCGCUGAAAAUCCAAGCUAUUACUGUGACUCCCUGAAAGCUUGUCUAGUUACCACCAUCACUUCUUCAGGUCCUUCCCAGAGCACCAUAAAACUGGUGGCUACUAACAUGAUAGCAAACGGAAAACUAGCAGAAGGUGUCCAACUGCUUUGCCUAAUAGAUAAAGCUGCAGACGCUUGUCGAUAUCUGCAGACCUAUGGAGAAUGGAAUCGAGCUGCAUGGCUCGCAAAAGUACGUCUAAACCCAGAGGAGUGUACAGAAGUGCUGAAACGGUGGGUAGACCAUCUUUGUUCACCACAAGUGAAUCAAAAGUCAAAGGCCAUCCUAGUCCUUCUCUCAUUGGGCUGUUUUAGAAAAGUUGCUGAAAUGCUUCAUAGCAUGCGGUACUUUGACAGAGCUGCACUAUUCCUGGAGGCUUGUCUCAAGUAUGGAGUUAUUGAAGUAAAUGAAAAUACAGAGAAAUUUUACAAUGCAGUUUAUGCAGAUUAUGCGAGGUACUUAAAGAUAUUGAAUCUGAAGGAAGGGGCAAUUCUCUUUUCUACUAAAGCAGGAGAUGCUGGAGCUGAACUACUCAAGGACCUGCAUCAGAGCAGAGAAGAAAAAACGACUUCAUGACUUGAUCUUUGAAAAAACAGUGGCCCUCUUGAGCUUCAAAGCUUACCCUAAUCAGUCGAUGACUAGAAAGUAAUGUAUUAAAUGUCACGUUCCAGUUUCUAAUUUUGAUCUGAUUAAGAUACAUUCCAGUUGUUGUUGCAGUGAAAAUGGGCAAAAAUCAUUUGUAUAGGAGAUUCUCCAUGCAGUGCUGUUUGGUAUGUUUAGAAUUUUUGAUACAGUGGAAACUCAUUUUUUGUUUAUUGCUUCCACAUUGAUGAAUAAUCUGGUUAAAAUUUCUCUAUAGCACCUAUUAGUUAUAAAUUUGUUAUGGAUGCCUAUAUGGAAUCUCACAAGCAACAUUGUCUGUGCAGUUAUCACUUUGACAACUAGGUUUUUUUCAUUAGGCAAAAGUGUGGACUUCUUAUCAUACGAGGUCAGAAAAUGGUUUCUGAGUGUCAUUGCACUUCAAGUUUCCUUGCUAUUUAGCAAUAUUACAGCAAUUAACUGUAUUUGUUGCUUGAAUAAUCAGGUUUAUUGAAAUGUGGAUAAAUGAUUUGUAAAAUGAAGUACGUGGUAUUGUUGUUCAACCUUGUUCUUAAUUCAAUGUUUACUUUGUGUAAAUUGCUACUCCCCCAAAAAAAGAAGAAACAAAACUGUGUUAGGGAGGUUGUGUGCUUGGGCCUGAUGUGCCAGAAGCUGAUGAUACCAUUGGUAUAAAGAAGAAGGUACGGUGAACAAUGACAAAGUGGUCAGAAAUGAUGAGAACAUUCAAACACAGGGUGAAGUAGGUGACUCCUCUCCAGUAAGGAGUUACUGUCAUCUGAAGAGAAGGUAGGAAAAGUAAGAGGAGGAAUAAGGUGAAAAUAAAUUAAAGGAGCAAAUGGUGAUUAUUGGAACCAAAUAUUUCAUUCAUCAUAUGCUUAAAUAAUUUUGUGCUAACGUGCUGGUAAAUUAUAUUGCAAGUUUGCUUGUGUUCAGUGUACUUGUGCACAAUUAACAUGAUUACAAACAUCCAUCACACAAAAUUGAUUUAUUUUGCUAUCGCAGUUUUUUCUCUACGUACAGGAAAUAACUAAACUCAUCCAUUUGUAUGGAUCUGCCUGUUGUUUUUCUUUUCCAGUACAAUAAAAGUACGAUGCAAGCAUCAUUUAUCACUUUCAUAA